AUGGAGAACGAGAAGGGAGAGAUCGUCGAUCUCUACGUGCCCCGCAAGUGCAGCGCCACCAACCGCAUCAUCAAGGCCAACGACCACGCCUCUGUCCAGAUCUCCGUCGGCAAGGUUGACGAGAACGGCCGCUACACCGGCGAGAACCAGACCUACGCCAUGUGCGGUUUCAUCCGUGCCCGCGGUGAGAGCGACGACUCCCUCAACCGCCUCGCCCAGCGUGACGGUUACCUCAAGAACGUGUGGACCGCCUCCCGCCAGCGCUAA